AUGCACCUCGGGCCAAACGAUCCUGAGGCAAUGUAUCCUGAUCCAGAGGCAGCAGUACCCGAGCCUGAGGAGACAGUUCCGUUUCCUGAGAAGCCCGAUCCCAAUCCUGAGAAGGGCAUCCCAGAUCCACAGAAGAUCAUUCCAGAUCCUGAGCCGGCCGAUCCGGAUUCUGAACAGGCCGAGCCCGAUCCUGAGGAAACUUACUCUGAAACUGAGACGGCCAACUCUGAGGCCCCAAAGCAGAAGAAGCGAAAGCGAUGCCGCCAAGAGACUUUCGCCACUUACACCACAAAGGUGCUGAAGCAAAUUCACGUUGAUAUUACCAUUUCUCAGAAGGCCUUGUGCGUCAAGGAUUCUUUCAUAAAGGACAUAUUUCAGCGCAUUGCUGACGAAGCCACCCGCCUCACCCAUUCCAACAGGAGCUCAACCCUUACCUCUAGAGACAUCCAGACUGCCGUGCACCUGCUGCUGCCGGGGCAGUUGGGCAAGCACGCCGUGUCCCAGGGCACCAAGGCCGUCCUCAAUUACAAGAGCCACAAAUGA